UUUCUUUUCACUGGGCACAGUGCACAGAUAGAUAAAUGCAAAAGUGUUCUCUAUUUCUUUCAAAAGAAAAAAAACUAAAAUAUUUCCAACUUUUAGCAAAUUUAUUCAUAUUUCUGAUAUGAAAAACUAGUAAUUUUAAAUUCCAAGUUCAAUCAAACAAUGAUUAUUUUCAUCUAAUUUGAAUAUAAAGUGAAAUCCCAAAAGUUUUUUAUUUAAUUCAAUUUUGCCGGUGACCGACCGACCAUAGUUGUGGCGUUUUUGUGAAGAGGAAAAAAUUUUCAAAUGAAAAUGGCUGACGGCGUGGUUAUCGAUUUGUAUGCCGAUGAUCUAGAUGAAAAAGAUUUUAGUACUCAACCUCAAGAUGAUUUUAAUGCGGAGGGCGUAGAUUUGUACGACGAUAUCAGCGUACCAAAUGAUAAUGUUGCAGUCGUUGAUGGGUCCUCGGUGGCCUCUUCCCAAGCUGAUGAUAAUUCAGGGGCUACUUCGAAUGGAGUUUACCAUCAAAGUGGUAGCUUAACUCCAAAUCACAUGGGUCGACGAUAUCAAUUGUAUAUAGGAAAUUUGACAUGGUGGACAACUGAUCAAGAUAUAUCAAAUACUAUGCGCGACAUUGGUGUGGCUGAUUUUCAGGAAGUAAAAUUCUUUGAAAACCGUGCCAAUGGUCAAUCGAAGGGCUUCUGUGUGAUUUCACUAGGUUCUGAGAAUAGCAUGCGCAUAGUUAUGGAGCGUUUGGCCAAGAAGGAGUUGCAUGGACAAUUACCUGUGGUGACAUAUCCAACGAAACAGGCACUCAAUCAGUUUGAAAGCCAACAAAAGACACGACCGGUUCCUCCCCAGCAGAAUGGUCCUCGAGGUCCAGUUCCGAAUAUGGGAGGGAUGCCACAGCAUCCGAUACAAGGCGCGCCACCGGGCCACCAACCCCGAAUGAUGAACCCCAAUAUGCCACCUGGUCAGUUUCGUCCGCAGCAUAUGCCGCAAAAUAUGCAAGGCCCUCCAGGACCUAACCAAGGUCCACCAAGAAUGCAGCCACCACCAAUGCACCAAGGACCAAUGGGACCGCAAAAUCAAAUGCAAGGCCCACCCCGCUAUCCUAAUCAAGGUCAAUGGAAUGGCCCUCGUCCAAAUGGACCAAGACCAGGCCCAAUGAAUGGACCACCUCAUCAACAAAGGCCCCAAAUGUUCCAGGGACCGCCUGGUGGUAUGCCUCCACGUGGACCACGACCGGACUGGAGUAGACCUCCCAUGCAUGGUGGUUUUCCACCACAAGGUCCUCCUGGACCCCCACAAGGUCCUCCUCAUAUGCAAGGACCCCCUCGUGGACCACCACCACAACAAAUGGGAGGGCCUGGAGGACCUCCACAUGGUGGGCCAGCUCCUCAUGUUAAUCCUGCAUUCUUCAAUCAAGGUGGUGGACCACCACAACAUGCUGGAGGACCACCGAUGGGUGGACCCCAUGGUCCACCGGGACCACAACCUGGCAUGGCUAUGCCUCAUCAAGGUCCUCCACACUUUGCUCAACAAGGUGCACCAAGAGGUCCUUGGCCCGGUGCACAGGCUAAACCAGCUGGACCCUUCCCGGAGCAAGCCAUUGUUCCGCAAUUGAAUGAAGUUGAGUUUGAAGAAAUAAUGGGAAGAAAUAGAACUGUUAGUAGCUCAGCUAUUGCAAGAGCGGUCUCAGAUGCUGCAGCAGGAGAAUAUUCCAGUGCGAUUGAAACUCUUGUCACUGCUAUCUCGCUUAUUAAGCAAUCCAAAGUUGCUCAUGACGAACGCUGUAAGAUAUUGAUCAGUUCUCUUCAGGACACACUUCAUGGCAUUGAAACGAAGAGCUAUAAUCGCAGAGAAAGAUCACGCUCGAGGGAAAGAACUCAUAGAUCAAGACCAAGGCGCGAGCGAUCAUCAUCACGUUACCGAGAACGGUCUCGAGAGCGAGAAAGGGAAAGAGAUCGAGAAGCUGCAAGCUACCGCGAACGCUCAAGAAGUAGAGAACGUGAGCGUCCAACUGCAGAUCACUACAGAGACGAUAGUUCUAGCAGAUCGGCACGACCCCGGAAGUCGCCUGAACCAGUUGUUGAGGUGGUAAGUGAUCCACCAUCUAAACGCAGUUAUUACGAAGAAAGGUAUAGGUCAUCAGAUCGUGACAGAGAUCGUGAGCGUGAUCGUGAACGUGACCGUGAUCGCGAUCGUGACCGUGAGCGUGAGCGCGAUCGUCGCGAAGAGCAUAGGUCUCGCCACUAAAUUCGUAAAACUGAAGAAGUUUACGCCAUUCAAAACCGAACAUCAAUAAUUCAGCAUAAAACAUAAUUCUAUGAUUUUACUAUUAACUAUGGAAUCCCUAUUAAGAUUAUUUAAAAGUGAACAAAAGACCAAUGCUUCAAUUGAAAAGCAAUGGCAAGAAGUUUGUACUAUAAGACAAUUAUUCAAUUAUAAAAACAACAGUAGUUCUAAAAUUCAAUGUUUCAUCUAUGCGGCAUUCUUCUGAACGAGUUUCAUCAGUAACAGCAAUAUCAAAAUUCACACAAUUUAAGAGAUGCAAACAGAGUUCAAAUCACAGCAAACGGUGAAAAAGAAAAGCCGAAAAACAACUCGAACCCACAUCAAACAGAGCCUUCAUCAACAUGGACUCAUCAUAAGAAGAAUGUAUUGAAUUUCUUAAAUAAAAUAUAUAUUAAAUGUUUAUUCCAACAAAAAAAAAAGAAAAGAAAAAAACACUGUAUUGUCUUAUUUGUGAAAAUAAUUUCUUCUUUUUAAAUUUUAUUAUUUUAUAUUUAUUUA